AUGAUUAGAUAUAUAAAGGGUGAUUUGUUAGGUCAUCUUCCACCAAGCAAGUCUUCGGUUGCUGUCUUUGCUCAUGCUUGCAAUUGCCAGGGUGUCUGGGGAGGAGGAAUCGCUGCUGUGCUCAGAGUGAAAUUUCCUUCUACCUAUCCUUUGUAUUCUGGUCAUUGCCAGGAAAAAGGAUGUGAUCCACAUAGACUUUUGGGAACAUCUGUCGUAGUGCCCUCACAAGCUCUGGAUCCGGGAAACAUCGCUGGAUACCCCCCUAAAUACAUCGCCUGUUUGUUCACCAGCGACUUUGCCCAGACCCAAGAGGAGAUUGUAGCAUAUACAGAUUCUGCCAUAGAGGCACUCGUGGAUCAACUAAAAGAAUUACAAAAGACAACUGCAAUUGAGACCGGACAAAGCGGUAAGAUCGUUGUAAAUAUGCCCAAGAUCAAUGCUGGAAUCUUUGCUGUUCCUUGGGAGAAGACUGAAGCCGUAUUGAAGAAAUACGAUGUGGAGUUUAAUGUUUAUGUUAUAUGA